AUGCUGACCGAGCCGCAGGCGCUGGACUCGUGCCUGUGGGCUAACCGGCAGGUGAGCGACUGGGUCGUGGUGCUGCACUCCUUCGAGGAGUACCUGCACUCGGCGCUCUUUGCGGAUGGCACGCGGCUCGACGCCCUCCUCCGCUCGUGGUCCGCCAGGUUGGCACCGCGCCGCGUGGCCCUCUUCGAGCUGUUCCAAGAGCCCUUUGGGGGGCCACGGGCUCCGAGCGCGCGCUCGGUGCUGUCCAGCUGGACUCACAAGCGGGGCGACCUCCUGAAGGGCAAGCGUGGUGGCGAAUGGUUGAAGGCGGCGGGCAACCACCUCAAGCCCUUCUCGUUUGUCGCGGACCCCCUGAAUGUGGUGCACUCGGCCGUGCACCUGGCCCAGCCGCGUGGCGACGGCCAGGGGAUAGUCGCGAUGGAGGACAGGGUCCUGCGCGUAAAUCACUACAUCGACCUGGGCGUGAACUCUUCCCGAUGCCUCCACGAGCUUGGCGGCUGCGAGGUGUCAGAUGGGAGCAUUGCAUGGGCAGAGGAUGCUGUGAUUGCGCGGCGUGAAAAGCGUGCCUUUAUGGGAACCGUUGCUUGGCCUCAGCCGAGGACACGCACGCCGUCGAUAUUGCCUUAUUGUUAUUCCUGGCAAUAUUAG